GAGUGCAGCAGGACUCGCAUCACAUCGCAGCGCAGCCUGUUUUACUCUGAUACCUGCAGCCUGUGAUGUAUUUAUUUAUACACAUUAUUUUGUCUUCCCCUGACAGUGAGAGGGCGUAUCCGCUUUGAGAAGGAGGCUGAGCGAGUACAGCGUGAGUGCAAGGAGUGGGAGGGCUGGUUGGAAACACGGGAUGAAAACAGUGGAGAGCCACGCCACCCACUAAACAAGCCGAAGCGCGUACCAACAAUUUCGCAACCACCUCUUCUGCUGCUGCUGCUGCUGGUGGUGCCCUGCUUAAAUGUACAGAGGAGCGGUGGAGAGCAGACAUCCGCCGUCAUACAUCAGGCAGACAGAGGAACUAACAAAAGAAAAAAUAAACACAGGAGUCUGACAACGCUGCAAUCCUUUUGGCCCGGAUUCAUUUAUGAUUUGGGCACCACGACUGAUCGGAAUAAGUUGGAAUCCGCUUCUGUCUGGAUGAAGGGCCAUGUUGCCCUCAAAGGGCCGUAAUAUCACUGUGAAGUCGUGAACGGAACCAGCUCUGCUUUCCCCCCCUGCGUUUCUUCUAGAGCCAAUUAAAUUGUGUUUUCCCUCUUGUGAAAAUACCUUUUUCCUGGAAAUGGAGACUCUUUCCCAGGAUUCGAUGCUCGAGUGUCAGAUCUGCUUUAACUACUACAGCCCCCGACGGCGACCCAAACUCCUGGAUUGCCGACACACAUGCUGUUCGGUGUGUUUGACCCAAAUGCGUAGCAGCCAGAAGGAGAUCCGCUGCCCAUGGUGUCGUGGCGUCACCAAGCUCCCCCCGGGCCUGUCCGUGUCUCACCUCCCGGAUGACCCAGACAUCAUCACCGUCAUCGCCAUCCCUCACACCUCUGAGCACACGCCUGUCUUUAUUCGCCUCCCCAGCAAUGGCUGCUACAUGCUUCCCAUCGCUAAAGACCGGGCACUGGGCCUGCCAGGAGAGCUGGGAUGUCGCUUCUUGCCCGGCAGCCAGCAGAAGGGGGUGACAGUGGUGACUGUGCCCGAGGAGCAGCCACUGGGUCUGGCUAUGGGUCUAGAGGGUGUAGGUUUGGAGGGAAGUGAGGGAGAGAGGAGGGUUACUGGUCCAGUGGGAGGAGCAGGAAAGGGCUCCACAUGGUCUGGAGUGUGCACAGUGAUCCUGGUGGCGUGUGUGCUGCUCUUCCUCCUGGGCAUCGUGCUGCACAACAUGUCCUGCAUCUCCAAACGCUUCACUGUUAUUUCCUGCGGCUGAGGGAGGCCGCUGCGGACCCCCUCAGGAUUCCCUCCCACCAGCCCUGCCUCUCCUCAGGGUGGGACUCUGUUAAGGAGAGGGAACUAAACUCACAUCGAGGGCAUUAAAGGAAACUACAGUGCAGUGUAGAGAGACAGUGAUGAUGAUGAUAAAGAAGAAGAGGGCAGGAAGGAGAGCCACAAACUGGUCUAAUGUGGGUUUUUUUUAAUCCUUGAAAUGGAAAUAUGCAUUUAAACCUUCACUCUCCUCUCAUUGGACAGCACUCUGCUGGCGUUGAAACACCCACCUUUCUCCAUUCCUUCCAUUUUUCCUGAAAGAACACUUUGGGAAUCCCUCCAGAUACGUUUCUGGCCCGCGGAUUUGUUUUUGGCUGGAAGCUGUGCUGACACUCACACUCGCUGUGGUUGGAUUGCCUGUUUAGUCUGUGGUUUGUAGAAAUGCAUCAUCAUAGAGUUGUUUAGAUGAAUGCCCGCUCCGAGUGCGAUGUCUCCAGCUGGUGCUGCAGUACAGGGAGUCCGGACUUGGCCGCUCACCGUUCCCUGAUGUUGCAGGAAUUAACUGUGCAGGAUUUUCUUCUGCCUCCUCCAGCCUGAAUAUUAAACUAAAAUCAAUUUUCUUUGUUUUCUUUUUUUUUUUUUUUUUUUUUGUCAAAAACACAACCUGUGCAGAACAAACUGUUGCUGUGAUGAUAGUUCCACAUAGUUAGUAAAGGCUGCGUUGUCAAAAAUAUGGAUUGUAAUGUUCAUACAUACCAGCUGAAAUACAAACACAGGUAGUACAGAGUUGUGUUAUUAGGGCUUUAAGAAAUAAACAAUGUUAAAUGAAUUGAUUGUCAUUGGUUCCAGCCUCUCAUAUAUCAGGUUUUUCUGUCUUAUAUUACUGUAUGAUAAAUACUCUUGUACUUUGGCUUGUUGUUUGCACACACAAAACAAUCUAAAGCUGUCACUUAGGAUUGCCAAUUAGCUCAUAAUUGACAGAGACUUGGUAUAAGCAAUUUAAUGAAGAAAUGAAGACCUUGAAUUGGUAUUAAUUUAAAUUAAAAUGAUGAGCAUUUGGAGGAAUAAUUUAGCUUCACUUCAGGCAAUUGGAUGAGAAGUUCAGCAUCACCUUAUCUGUCUUGUAGCUAUAGAGAAGGGAUAUCUUUGCAAGAAAAACACGUUGCACUAACUUGAGAGCAUCAGAACUUCACUUUGAAGUUAGCUAGGCUAACGCUUUCCCCUUGUGUCUGUGUAACUAGCUAGCAGGUUAGCUUUCAAAAUAAAGCUCUAAAAAAUAAAACAUUUGAACAUCAAGACGUGGCAAUAUAGAGCUUACCUGUGAGGGUAUAUUUGUUAAGUUAACUUAAUUUUAAUAGUUAAUGAAUAUUCAAAAUUUUACAUUUUCCCCCCUCAAAUUAGCUGAUUGGCUAGCUUUCUACAUCUCUGCCUGUUUAAAAAUAAAUAAAUAAAUAAAAAAAAAUCACAACUUGAUAUUUUCCAUUCAUAUUUUUUCUUCUGUUUUUCAUUUGUUCUUCUUAAAAAAAUAAUCCGAAAACAUGUUUCUGUAAUUCGAGAACUUUGGAUAUAUUAAAAAAGAAAUCACAUUUUUGAACUUUAAAGCAAGCAAGGCUAGCUAGUUUCCCCAUUUGUCUAGCUAAGCUGAGCUCCAGCUGUGAAUGGACAGAUACAGUGAUGCUGAUCAUCUCAUCAAAUUCUCUCCAAGGAAGCCAACAAGCUCAUAAAAAUUGUAAAAUUUGAGAGUUUUAAAAAUUGCAGCAUUCUUCUGUUUUAUUAUUUUCAGUUUUUAUGUUUUUGAUCUUUAUUCAUGUGAUUGAAUUUGUUCAUUUGCUUAUGCACCCUGACCCGCCUCAUACUGACUUCAUCCUCUAAAGCCAGAUCCUCCAGGCCUUUGCCAGCAGCCCACAUGCCAUCUUCCUCCACCUUCUCAUCUUCCCCUUAAUUCUGAAACUGCUUUGUAUAUGGGCUGAACUGUAAAACAAUGAGUUUAUGUAUGUGAGUAACAAGUCAGGAGUGGGAAGCCGCUGUAAGGUUACUGUUAAUGAGGGCUGUAUUGAUUUAUCUGCUUUUGAAUAUUUCACUGCAGAGGUGGAUGUUUCCGGACUCAUUUUAUUCCCACUUUUGUAUGUUGAGGCAAGCAUUUUGUCUUCGUACUGUAAAUCAGUAGAUGUACAGUAGACAUAAACAGGGUAAACGCUUUUGUACAGCAGUCUCAUCAUGUACAGAAUGAUUGUAAUUGUCAUUUUUGAUCAUUUCCUUUUUCUUUGACAUAUUUUAGCCUUUUUUGUGUGUUUGAGCUUAAAUAAACAUGAGUUAUUCAGGGCGCUCAGAUUUGUUUCACCACACCAAUGAUAAACAUGAGAAAAAUAAUGUUUAAUAUAAUACUCUAGGUUUAUUUGAGACACCUAAACUAUAAAAUGACUUUUACCCUGAAAAACAAACUAGAAGAAAUAUUAUUUGAUUUAUACUCAAUAUUUAUUGGGGUGGAUUCAUAUCAGCAUGAUUUUAUCGACUGCCGCCAAAGUAAGAAUUCCAAACUGUUCAAAGUAAAUAAAUUUGGAGAUUAAAUCAAGCGUGCUUCAGAUAUUUUGCCUUUCAGCUGUGCGACACUCUCCUGAAAAGGCGUUCAGGGUGCAGAGGGGGCAGCUGUUUGUUUUUGCAGAUGCAGGGAUAGAUGGAGUUAAAUUCAGCCGAAAUGGUUUGUGUCGUGCUGGUUGCUACGAAACAGCGCUGAAGGCCCUUUUGAAGUUGCUCAAAGUUGAAAUAUUUUCAGCUCCUAGCACUCUGUGUUCUAUAUGCUCUAAAGAACUUUCUAAUUUCUCAACACUUGGGGUUGAAGUGGUGUUUUGGGGGGAUAGCUUUCUCCAAGAUAAAAAAAAGUUGGAUUUUAUUUAUGCCUGUUAGUUGUAGACAAUGGCUUACUAUUGCUUAAUAAACAUUAAUAAAUUGUUAUUCAUUUCUUAAAAUGUCAUCAUUGCCUUUAAAUCAUCAAAAAGAUCCCCUAAUGGACCUUGCAACCCAAAGCCAUUAUUACUGUUAACAUUUAAAAACACCCAUAUCUCAAUGCCUAAUGUAGAAUCACAGCAUUUCUAUUGGGAACUUGAGUCAAAAUGUCAGUUUAAAGCAUUACAAGUAUGUCAUGCACAGUUUUAUUACCAUGAUGUGGCAUGACUGCUACUUUUAAUCCACAAGAGCAAUGCUGAAGGGGGCAAGUGAAGGAUGUGCUCUUAAAGACCAGCUUAACCCAUAUGGGUUUAUUCAGCCAUGCUUCAUAAGGUCAAAUAUAUCUGCUAAAGUUUUUUUUUUGUAUCUAUGUCUCAGAUAUCUGUGGAAUCUUUGGGCUUAAAAGAGACAAAAACAAAAAAAUAUCCAACUCGGCCAACCUGUUGUCAGGUACUACACACUUAGUCCACACUUAGAACUGGAGUUAGAUAGUAUUUUUGUAGCUGAAAGUUUUUGCCAAACAACUUAUCUUUGGCUGAUGUUCCCACACAGCACAGCCAUCCAUUUAAAUGGCAGGUUUAAUACCAAUAUCCACCCUAAGCCCUAUAAGGACUGACCUCUCACAGUGUUCACCUGUCUGAGGAGUCCUUGAAAACUAAGGGUAUUUUUUAAUUUCUUUAGAGCCAAGAACUUAAAGGACCAACUCUCUCACUGGAACAUCUUAUAGGCUUUUGUCUUAAAGAGUGGACAAAGGGAAAACAUGGUUGCUUCUCCCAUACUUGCUUACCCUUGUUUUUCAGUAACCUAGUUAACAUCAUUGCACUUUGAACUGUGGGUAAAUUUAAGCAAGACAUAUGUGCAUUUUUCUCUGGUGCAGUUGGUGUAGGAACAAUAACCAGUCUUCACAAGGCAAGCUAACAGAGGACUGUUACCAACUUUUAUGAUGAACUUUACAUCAAAGUGCACAAACUGCCAUGUUGCUCUUUCAAUGAUGUUGUUUGGUUGACACUGUUGAUGCCUGGAAUGUGCGUAAUGCCCCUCAAUAUCCAUGAAUCUGUGAUGUGGACAUUUGGAUUGAGCUGUAAUUAUGAGUUGGAUAGGGUUGUAGAAGGUCAUCAACCCAGUUUUGUGCAUGGGGGGCAUUUUUGGAGCCCCGCAUAAUAACCUCCAGGAAGUUUACUCAAGUGCACGUUUCUAACUAAACGGUCUGAAACAGACUCUAUGAGGGUGGCAUGAGGACCUGACAUCUUCAUUGGGAGCUGUGCUCAGACCCUAGCACCGUUCAACUCAAUCGUCAUUCAGCUCGUUCACACUGAGCACAUGUGAAAAACGUGAAAGAGUCUGGAGAUACUAUGGUAUGUUAUUUCCUUAGGGUUGCUUUUUUUUUUUUUUAGCAAUUAAAGUUUAUUCUGAAAAACACAAACACAAAAUGGACCAACUUGAAUUGAUUGACAGAUUGAUUUAUAAACAAUUAAUCUGAAUAAAUAUCAAGCAUAGAUGAUGGCAUACUAAGACCUGUAGCAUGGUACUGAACCAGUAGUAGGAUUAUAAAUAAGACAUCGGAUCCAGCACCGGUCCAUUGAGUGUUUGGUGACCAUUAGCUUUUGAUCUGCUACAAACCUCAUAGCUCUAAAUGUGAUGCCUAUAUGUAAUAGUUUCAAUAUCCAGACUAAGAACAUUAGUUUUAAUCAUAAAUUAUUAGUGAUAAACUGGAAGAAUAUAAAUUUAAAACGCCAAAUAAAACCAAUAUAAACUGUGAAAAUGUGCAUUUGUGGUAUGGCCAAGAUCUAUGUUACGGUUUAGUGAGCAAUGGGCCGCCAUGAACAAGACUUCAAAAGCAGAAAAAACAGGUUAAUGAAAACAAGCCCAUCUUUUUCUUUUGCCCAUCCAUCAUCAAGUUUUCAUGUGAUGUAAGCUAAAGACAGAGGAUCAAAUCCACCUGGAAGAAAGUCUUGUUCCUCCCAUUAUACUACCAUUUCAUCUUUUCAUUCUCCCUCCACUGACUGAAAGAGAAACCAAAUCACAUCGCUGAAUCUCCUUCUUAUUCUCCAUGUUAAUUGUUUUAUUUCUGUUCCAAUCAAAAUGUGCCCUGUACUUCCUGUUUUCUUUCUUUCUUUUUUUAAAAAACAAACAAAAAACAAAUCAAAAACAGAAACUUAAGGACAGAAGUGUAGAGGGAGGCUUGUCAUUUCUGUACCAGUGUGUUUGUAAAAUGCCGUGAAGUUCCUGUUGUAGUUUCCUGUGUGUGUCAGCUCUGAUGAUGGCUGACAAAGCAAGCAGCAGCUGUUUUUAGUGAAAUAUUAAAGCAAACACUGAAUCUAA